AUGGGACAAUUCGCGAAUGUCCAUUCUCCCCAUCGCGGAGAUGGCCAAGAUGCUGCCGCCCAGAUGCGCGCCACAGAGCACUUGGACAAGACCUGCCUCCUUGAUGACAACGUUGACCGCCCCAAUGCUGCUGAUGUAGUUGACUUGGCCACUCUUCUUGAAGAGCUGAGCAUCGUCAAUUCUAAGCUGGGAGAAGAGCGGCUUCAACACAUCACCAUACACCCCAUUCUCCAUGAUUACUUGAAGGCCAACAAGGGGUAUGUCCGAGCUACCAUCGAGAGAAACAAGGGUUGGGCCAACGAGGAAGCUGAUAAGCACUUCAUGAUACUUCAAGAAUCGGCCGACAAUGUGACUUUAGGUACACAGCGCAAGUUCCACGAGCAGAUGCUCAGUAUCGGUCACGAUAUGGACAAGCUCCAUAAUCUGUCCACGGACUUGGAAGCCUCUGGUGAUGCAAAGUUCCUCGAUCUUUGUAUGUCGCCGGGGGGCUUUUCAGGCACUAUUCUGGCAAAUUCCCCGAAUUCUCAAGCAUAUGGCGUCUCACUUCCCGUCGAGAAAGGUGGACAUCCCUUGUGCAUCGAGGAGCAAUACACUACUCGUAUCCAUGUUGAUUGGAUGGACAUUACAAUGCUCUCAUCAGAGAUGGGCAUCACCGAGAUUUCAGCUGACCAUCCGGAAGUUUCUCGCUUUUCCACAUUGCGCCCAUACGAAGGUCUAGAAUUUGGCCUCGUCUUUUGCGAUGGAAAUGUCUUGCGAACCCAUAAGCGAGCAGACUACCGCGAGGCUAAGGAGGGCAUUCGUCUAUUGACAUCCCAGCUUGUCCUCGCCUUUCAGAGAAUCAAGAAGGGUGGCACUCUAGUCUGCCGCUUUCAUAAGAUUGAGCGUCUUGAGACAGCCGCGCUUCUCUACCUCUUCAACAAGAUAUCCAAGAUGUCCGUGUUCAAACCUGUUUCGAUUCAUGGAGCUCGGUCUUCUUUCUAUAUGAUCGCCAAGGAUAUUCAAACAGACAGUCCCAAGGCAGCUCAGGCUGUCGAGGAAUGGAAGCGACAAUGGCGAGAGGCAACUCUAGAUCUACAAUCAGGCCAGAGAAAGAUCAUUCCUGAUCACAAUGACCCUGACCGUAUCAAGAUGGCCAAAGAAAUUGUCGAGAACUUUGGUCCACGACUGGUCGAACUGGCAAAACCUAUAUGGCAGAUCCAAACAGACGCACUCUUGAACAAGCCUUUCAACACUGGACGAUCGUAUCGCUUCGAGAAUGAAAAGUACAACCAGAAGUCUAGUUUCUCUAAGCCCCGAGGCGCGGCUGAUUUCAGAACCAAGCAGAAUUGGAGACCUCGAAACCAAGAGCCCGAGACCGUACAACCGAUUUCUAGUGAGAAAGCCAAUCAUUACGUCGUGCCCCACCUGCGUAGGAGCUCGUUGCUCAACAAGGAGUCUAAUGUGAGCCACGAUGCCGAAUCUGGAGAUGGUCCUUAUGGUUCACCACCGCGUCAUCUCUGGGGAGCCAAACCGCACAUGACAAUGGCCAUGGAUGCACCUAAUUGGAGAAGCCCUACCUCCAAGAACAUGCGAUCGCCUUCUCCGGCUCCUGAUCGUCCGGUAUUGGCAACCAACAGAGUUCAUGCCUACGGAAUAGGUCACCCCGGAGGCAAUCUGACGAGUAACGCCAAUGGAAGAUCGUGGACUACGGACCAUAACAGAUCAGCCGGCGGUCGGCUCGAUGGUAGCCAAAAGGAGAGCUCGGAAACCCCCUCUCUUCAUUCUGCCUCAUCUUCCCAGUCAUGGCGCCGCAAGCAGGACCCGGAGUCUUUCGAUGAUGAGUAG